GCUGCCGUUGUCCCGCGGGCCGUGGGCCCGGCACACUGGGGCUUUGUCCGGCCCCCGCCGCGACCCACGGGCCCCCACAUGACCGAGGGGGUAGGAGGAGCCUGCGGCAGUGGUGGCAGUAGCGGCGGCGGCGACUCCACCAUCAUUUCCCUCCCUGGCCCAGGGACGGCGGUCACUGGCAGCGGCUGGGCAAAAUUGGCCAGGGCCGCAGGCGCCGGGCCACCCCCGUUCCUCGCCAGGCUGCAGGCACCGGGCCCGAGCCAGCAGGGAAGCUGGGACUCGAACUCUUUCCGGGAGGCAAGCUGGGCGUGCGCCCGGACCCCCGCCCCGGGGAUCAUGGGAAAUGGCAUGACCAAGGUACUUCCUGGACUCUACCUCGGAAACUUCAUUGAUGCCAAAGACCCGGAUCAGCUGGGCCGGAAUAAGAUCACCCACAUCAUCUCCAUCCAUGAGUCACCCCAGCCUCUGCUGCAGGACAUUGCCUACCUUCGCAUCCCAGUGGCCGACACCCCUGAGGUACCUAUCAAAAAGCACUUCAAAGAAUGUAUCAACUUCAUCCACUGUUGCCGCCUCAAUGGGGGGAACUGCCUAGUGCACUGUUUUGCAGGCAUCUCCCGCAGCACCACCAUUGUGACGGCGUAUGUGAUGACUGUGACGGGGCUGGGAUGGCGUGAAGUGCUUGAAACCAUCAAGACUAACCGACCCAUCGCCAAUCCCAACCCAGGCUUCAAGCAGCAGCUGGAAGAGUUUGGUUGGGGCAGUUCCCGGAAGCUUCGUAGGCAGCUGGAGGAACGCUUCGGAGAGAGCCCUUUCCGCGAUGAGGAGGAGAUGCGUGCGCUGCUGCCGCUAUGCAAACGUUGUCGCCAGGGUUCCGCCACCUCCGCCGCUUCCACCGCGCCGUCCUCUGGGGCUUCAGAGGGAACGCUACAGCGCCUGGUGCCGCGGACGCCACGAGAAACCCACCGGCCGCUGCCACUGCUGGCACGAGUCAAGCAGACUUUCUCUUGCCUCCCGCGGUGUCUAUCCCGCAAGGGGGGCAAGUGA